AUGGCGACCUUCUUUCAGAGCGUCCGCCAAGGUUUCGGCCGGGGGGGCAACAACAAGAACAACAAUACCAACAAGAUGAACAACGGAAGUCCCGCUCAGUCGCCCGCUGCUCAGGCAGCUCACGGCGGCCAUGUCUCAAACUCCCCGUCGCUCGCCUCGAACCACUCCGCUGUGGAGAACACCGUCGUGCACGAGCAGGAUGCGUCCAAGUACUUUUUCCAGGAAAAAUACGCCCCGCUCAAUGUGAAGGGUAACUUCUUGACAUUAUGUGCCUGUCCGAAGAAUGUGGAACUGGGGGAAUGGCUGGCUCAUCAGAUUGUUGAACAGUAUCGUCUUCUCCAUGGCAUGCUUCAGGUCAUUCAAGAGGUGAAUACUCACACUGGCCUGCCCAUCUGCAAUGAGAGCACAUGCCCAACCAUGUCCGCCGGUCGUCUGACCUAUACUUGGCUCGUGGACUCGCAGGCCGCCAAAAUUUCGGCUCCCAAAUUCAUAAACCGUGUUGAGAAGUGGAUUGUUAGCAAGAUUCACGACCCCGUGAUGUUUCCUACAGAGAAGGUCACUGGCGUACCCGACACUUUUGCCCUGAGCGAGGCUACAGGCGCUCCCGCCUCGAAUGAUGCUCCCAAUGCUGCCGGCGAAGACUGGAUCGGCAAGUCUAGCGGCUUCCCCCGAACAUUCUACAAGGACUGCCAGGGCAUCAUGAAGCAAAUGUUCCGCUGCUAUGCCCAUCUGUAUCACGCGCACUGGCUGAACCCUUUCUGGCAUAUCAACAAGCAUGAGAUCCUCAACAUGUGCUUCGUUCAUUUUGUAACCGUCGCGAAAUACUACAAGCUUGUUACCGACAAAGAGAUGGAGCCCAUGCAGCCCCUGAUUGACCUCUUCAUCAAGCAGCAGCGCAUCCCACCCGAGGCCCUCGCCGGUGGUCAUUGGGGUCAGCAGGCAUCUAGCUGA